UAGUUAUGUAUUUAAUUUCCUUAUUGAGUAGCGGUAUCUAAUGAAUGAGGACUUCGCUGUGAUCACUAUUGCACUUCCAAAGCCAUCCGCUGAACACUCAAUAAACGUUUUACACUUAUUUAACAGAAAAUAGUAUUGUAUCUACUAGAGAAGCGUCGAUCCCUUUACGUCUGUAGUUUAAGCUAAUUACUAAAGAAGUGGUGAAUAUGCUAUUAAAUACUGAUCCUUUACGAAACCAACCUAGUGCCGUGUGUUCGCAUUUUUCAACAGGUUUUGACGCCGCAACUAAAUGGAAUAACAUAAAUUUUGCGUUUAAUCGGAGGACUUCCCAUGUAAGGAAGUCUGUCAAUUAAUGUCAUUUGAAAGCAACGUUUGAAGUCAGUUGUUACGUUAUUUCUUUGUUGAUCUAUAAAAAAUGUGAUUGGCUGAGUGGCGUUUACUUGACGUACGGUUGAAACAGUUGUUAUAGCAAUACCCGCUUUGGCACUUAGGUGAGCGUAACCCAUUUGCGAUCUGGUGUAACAUUGAUUACACUUGUGAAUGGUACCUUUCAUGGGCAUCGUAGAAAGCGUAACGCCUACAAGAAUUUAGAGUGACAGGGCGACUUGCAAUCAGAAUUGUACAACAGCCAGCAUGAGCAGCGAGUCUGAAGAAGUGCAGCCGAGUAAAGAUGUUGAGGAGAAACUUCAAAUAUUACACCUACCAACAGAGAUUCUUUUAAAAAUAUUCUCUUUCUUGGACGCCAAGUUCCUCGUAUCAUCAGUGAGCUUAGUAUGUAGACAAUUUCAUGCUAUAUUGGUUGAUCCAAACAUGUGGAAGUAUCGAGUGAAGAAAAGGAUGAAAUAUAGCUAUCCUGCAAUUGGUAAUGAGGAUGCUAUUGACUGGCAACGUGCAUGUGUUUCACUGGAAUCUGAACGUUUCUACUGGACCCAUCGACAUGAAACAAUGCUGCAGUUGGAACCUGCGGAUUAUGUACAUAUUGCUGCUGUUGACUCAGUUGCUCUGAUUCAUGGUGGACAGCUAUGUGUCUCUGGGUCGAGAGACAGGAGCUUGGCACUAUGGGAUCUUACGUCAACUGGAUCUGUAAAUGGCUACCUGCGACAGGAUGCUCAUUCUGGAUGGAUCUGGGCCCUGCUUCCUGAUGCAAAAGAGCCUGGAACAUUGUAUUCUUGUUCCUGGGACUACACUGUCAAGUGCUGGGACGUACACAGAGUACUAGAGCAGCGGUCAUCUACUGCGUUGAAGGCAGCCGUUCUCUCAUUAACACAGAUCACUCAUUCGUCAGUGUUGGCCUGUGGCCAGUAUACAGGUCAUGUGGCGUUGGUAGAUACCAGAUGUUCUGGAGAUGGACCUGCAUCUCUGCUGCGGCCCCAUCAUCGUGCUGCUCUCGGGUUAGCUUCUUGGGGCGAGAAUGUUCUCGUCUCUGCCAGUGAAGAGGGUCGUUUAGUUACCACUGAUCUCCGCAGUCCUGACAGCCCCCUCGCCCAACUUAUAUUGUCUGAAUGUUUUCCAGAGUCCAGCCAAAUCAAGUCUUACCCAACAUGCCUUUCAGUGCGAGGAAAUUCCUUGUAUGCUGGAGAUUCAAAAGGCUAUGUGUGGCUGUUUGAUGCUACUGGUGGACAACUGAAACUAGUUCAGAGCUUAGAUGUGGAACAUGGAGGCCAAGUAACAGCAGUUCAGCAGCAUGAAGGUGUUGUUCUGACUGCAUCAACAGAUACUACUCUCAGAGCUUUUGCACCAUCUUGCCCUUUGGAACAGCUUUCAUUAAUACGGACUUCAGGGCAAGUGACAGGGUUUGACUAUUUAAAUGGCGUUUUAGUUACGGGAAGCACCAACUGCAAGGUGGAGAUAUACACUCCACGGAAACGCUGACAUAGGGGGCAGCUCUGGCGGGAGGCAUUCCUACACUUGGGUGGAUCUGGUGAUGAUACGCCUUCAAGGCUCUCACAUUUCGUGACCCGGUGCUUCUCUUGUUGAGGACUAAUAAAUGUGCUUUGUCUGUUUAUGGCCAAUGUUGCUGUAGAUCCACGUGCUAGUAUUCGCCUUUGGUUUGCCUUAUUUACCUCGUACGUAACUGUAGAAUUGUUAACAUGUUUAUGCUUUCACAGUAAUUUUCAGGAUAGCCUUAAAAUAAUACUUUUUUUAAAAUUAUUUAUUCAGAGAAGUGUAAUUCGUUGUUUAUAAUUCAGUGUCGCUGUGAAAUGUGUCUUUUAUAAAAGAAAGAGUGCUUCCUAAACAGGGAAAACUGAAGAAUGUUUAUAGUACUAACAAUCAGAUGAUUGUAAAACAAUUAACAGAACUAUUUAAAAAUAUUACUUUAUGUUUUCUCUCUGUGUGUGUGUGUGUGUGUGUGUGUGUGAGAGAGAGAGAGAGAGAGAGAGAGAGAGAGAGAGAGAGAGAGAUUUUCUAUAAAAAUUCUUUCCGAUUAGCAUACAUAUCUGUUUUUAUAUUUAUUUAUGGAAUGGUGAUCUCUCAGUUGAAAGCAUUAGUUGUUUUAAUCAUUGGGGCCCAUAAUUUGUUCCUCUUUCAUAAAGUUACAUUUUUAAAGUUCAAUUGAACAAAAUGUGUGCCUCUUAGAACAGAUGUGCAUUUUGAAAUUACUCAGAGUGCAGUACACCCAAUGUGUCUUUGUUUUAUAUUUUGUGUUCCUUCUGUAUAGAGGAAAGUAAUUCACUUUGAAAAAAGUUAUAAACGUGGAUGAAAAUGAAAAGUGGCUGACAGUCUACCACACAUCAGCAUGGAUAGUUGCCAUGUUACUGAUUCUCUGUUACCAAAGUGCACAAUGUGACUGUAGCGGCAACAGUUGUGUAACUCUAUACUGAAUAUAGCUAUACAUUCCCAGUUAACAUUAGAUACUGAUAUCAGGUUGCAGGAUUAUAACGAUGUUAUCACUUUCCUGCCCACUGUCAUCCUGUAAAGAUAAACAACCACACAAUGAAUGUGAAUUAGAACAGUUAACAUUACUGAUUCUAAUUGACUGCUCUAACAGCCACCAGAAGUAGCAGAGUGAUAUUAAAAAUCGUUAGCAGAACAGAAAAUGUGACCUGGCUCAUUUCCUUAUUAUGUGUCACCUUAGUAACUCUACUGUAAACAUGUAGCUGCCAGACACUUGGCUAUACUGAACAGUUAUAACUAGUCUUCUGGUUUUUAUUUGCCAAGAGUGCACAGAUAAACUGAUAUGCUUUCUUCACAACCACAGCAAGAUGCCACAAUGCUGCCCUCAUUGCCAGAUGCGCACACAACUUGAUUGGGCUAUCCCUAAGUUUUAACAUACAUUGCAUUUUUUAUUGACAAGAAGUAACCGUUAUACGCCGUGUGUUUGGUAAAUUGGAGACAUUUCUCCCUUCCUUCAUUUUGUAUUUAACAGCUGUACUUGUCUAAAGGCCAAGGCACAAUAUUUUAUGAAAUAUGCAAUAAUCUAUAGUGAGUGUUUAUUUUGUUAUAUUUUGUGCCUGAAAUGAGGGAAAUGUUUUAUAGAAGUAAUACAUUGCUUGUAAGAGGGGAAAAAUUGUUGGAAUGUAUUUCCACUUUACUGAUGACUUACAGGUGGAAAUAAUUGAUUGAUCUGUGGUUGGAAGACCAAUUGUUGGUUUGUGUUGAAGGGAAAAGUCAAUUAAGAAAACUUGAAAUUAAUAGGAAAUUGAAAAUUACUUUCAGGGGUUGGAAGAUGUAUUAUUAGCACUAUUAAAAGCACUUAAAGUAGCAAAUAAUUAUGCUUGUUUUCAGAACUUCCAAGUGCUUUCUUCAUGGAGGAAAGAGGGAUUGAUUGGACAAGGGUGAAGCAUAAUCCACGUUUUUGUAACUUGUAUGUUCCUUUGUUCUUCUGAGAGAGAAAAGGAAAGAUUGAAGUAGGUUGCAAAGAAAGGGGAAAGGGGGAAAAGAGAGGCUGAGUAUGGUGGGGUGGGGGGGACAGGUAACUCAAACUCUAGGGAGAGAGGGACUCAUCUGUUGUGAGGAUGAGGAAGCAAAGAUAAAGCUUGAUUUCCAAAGACACAUUCACUGUACAGCUUUUUAAAUGGGGAUGACCACCACCAAACUCGCCAAAUGCAUUAUUGGGCAUAAGAAAACUAUCUGUCUUGAGUCACCCAGUAUUUAGCUGACCAGCUUGCCCUACAGGAUGAUUCAACAACCCUGAAUGCCUUUUGUACCACAGGAACAUAUGAUUCCUCCACCAUCCUAGACUCAGCCACUUGUAACAAGAUUCUUUUCCCCCUCUUCCUAUUGAGUGGCUGAGAAGUUUAUUUUCAUUUUUUCUCAUCCCACUCCCUCCUCCUACUGUCCCCCUUUUCUUUCCCCUUUCUUCUAUCGCAUAAUUACAUUAUUCUUUAUAGUCUGUCUGAAAACUGAACAGCAAACAGUGCUUGUUGUGGGGGAAGUGGCCGUCCUGGAAGAUUGUAACAACUGCCAUACAGGAUAACUAAGAAUCAAUUUCUUAUGUCACAAUGCAGUACAACAUGCUGUGAUUUAUGUCUAUUCUUUUCUUGUAUUAGUUACUAAAUUCAGUAUAGUGUUAAUGCCUUUAGUGGAAAAUAUACGCUCGCAGGGCGUGUGUGCACACUGCAUCACCACCAGUUCAAAAGCAGACUGUGGAAGAUCGGUAUAACCUUAUGGAACAUCCUGUAGGUGCUUCAUUUUAUGUAACUGGGUAGAGAGAGUGGAGACCUAUGUGCUGGCUCUACAGUUUGCAGACAGAAUAUACCACCACUUAAUUUUCUCAGCAUCUUUGAAUCCGUCUUUACUGUGCACUCUGUCCCUUCUGUCAUUUCCAAAUUGAAGAAAUCUCAGUGCUUACAUUUAUCUGACCUUCCAUUGUGUCUCUCCUUGGCAUCUAAUCCUGGGAUCUGAGUGACAUUCCUGCCCUUUCCUACUUUCCCAUACCACAAAUAUCUCAUUCCUCCACGGAGUAGUUAGAAAAACUGAGAUUACUGUUAAGUAUUUUUAUCGGUAGUUCUAGUUGUUUCAUCUCCUGAAGUUAAAUUACGGCCAGCUCUUCUACCUCCUUGUGAUUUUAUAGUUUCUUCCAGUGAAUUUUCCUUUUGAUACAAUCAGGUGAAGUCUAUGAAAGACAGUUUAGCAUCAUAAUUUGAACUGCAGUGGGAGUAGAAGCUUAAAUAUGACAGCAAUCGUAGAAGCAAUUAAUUGCCAGGGCAAUGCAAUCUGUAUUAAUUGCACAUUUGCAUCUGCUUCAGACAUUAUAUGAUUUCAUAAUUUAAAUUUAUACAGUAUCAUACAUUUCAUCUCAGCUUUUUUCCUUUUUCUUGCUUUCUUUUUCUUUAAUAUAAUGGUACUAAUCUGCAUGAAAUUACUUACAAUCAGAAUCUUUUGAUUAUAAUGGAUAACUUGAUACAUUGCUGAGCAGUUACAAAUAUUGAUACUUACAGCUAUAGCAUUGCAUGCAAUAAAUGACUUUUCACUGGUGUGAGAAAUGGUUAUCAGAAAAAUUAAUAUUUUAAAACAUAUACCAUUGCAUACCAGAAGAAAAUUUUGGAAAUAAAAUUUAAAAACUAAGGCUUAUAAUGUAACGACAACUAUACUUCACCAUUGGCAGUGUCCACAAAGCCUUUAUAAUGUUUCAGUUUCUUUUUCUUCUUCUUCUUCUUCUCUUGUAGAUGAUUUUUGCUUUGAACUGCCCCAUCAGGAAUUAAUUUAAAUGGCAGAUUCACAUUUGUAACUAUGCUGAAGUAUCAUUAAGAUAAAUUCUCAGUGAGCACUUUAUACAUAUAUAUAUUUUUUUUUUACUAUGACUACGUAGCACAACAGUUUCGUUUACAGACUUUUUUAAAAAAUGUAUAUUAUGAGAGGAGAUGUCAUUGUGUUGUAAUCAUUCUCUGUGACUGAAUUUCAUGUGUAACAAUACAAGAACAUACACGAAAGAAGGGGGCAUUAGCUCACUCAAAAAGACUGAUUGAAAAGUCAUAUGUAUUUGUAUUUUCAAAGUAUUGAGUAUUUGUAAAAAAAAAGAUAAUUCCUAUUUAUUUUUGUCACUGUUAAUGUUUAUCAACAACUUAUUAGGCACAUGACGUGUUAUAGUUUUCUUUGAAUACAAAUACAUGAAUAAUACUAACAUAAGAAAAUUCAUAAAUGUUUUGAGACCUCAUUUGUGUGAAUACAGUUGGUUGUAUGUAUUUGUGUGUACUAUUUGAGCCAGUAUGCCAAAUGCGAUAUCUUCUAAAUAUGCGUGCCAUAGUCUUGUUGUAGUCUUUGCAUUGGGCCUUUGUGAUAGGGCAGCUGUAAAUACGUUUGUUGCUGAAGAACACAGAAGUCACUAUGGUAUUAAUAAAAACAUGCAGAUAUGUUGAACUCUUAA